ACAACCAUCACCAGGACAACCACCACCACCAAAUAAAAACUGAUAUUCGACCAAAAUCGCAGAAAUGGGAAAAAAACCUCGGGGGACUACCAGAAAGGCCAGAAUCACCAAGUACAUUACUGGAAUUUCCAUGAGCUCGGACAAGUACUAUGAGCUUAAGGUUCAUAUCAAGUCUAUCGUCGUCCCGGGUACUCCGGCUUUCGAAUUUAGGCGUCUAGGCCAUGGCACAAACAAGAAAUCCUACUAUCUCUGGCUCCACAAAACUCUUGAGGAGAUUGGGCCUAGAUUUUUCCCGAGCGGCGCGAGGGGGUUGGUCUGGCCUGAGGAUUAUGAUAAGUAUGUUUUUUUCUUUAUUUGAUUUUAUCUUGUUCAAUCUAGUGAUUUUCUGGGGGAUAUUUUGGUUGGCUAACCUUCGUAUGAUGUAAUAGGAUUUACAAGGUUGUUCAUCAGGUUGUACGUAUCUUGAGCGCUGGGAUUAGGAAGGAUUAUUAUAGGAGGAACCCGAGAGCUGUUCAAAGGGGUAGUAGCGAUGAUGAGAUGGAGAUGGCACAGGAUGGGGAGCUCCAUGAAGGGGAAGCUGGUGAUACUGAUACUGAGGAGGAUGUUGUGGCGCUUGAUGAGGAUGGGAGAUACGCACAAUGGGAGCAGGAAGAGGUGAAGAUGAGGGUGAUUCUGGAGGCUAGAGACCAGGAGAAUCAGGACGACGAUACGGUGGAGGAAGCCAUGGGUGCUGAGCCUAUCGAACUUGAAGACCUGCUUGGGUUGAUGAAGGCAUGACCAUGAGCACUUUCUGCCCUGAUUUCCGGUAUUUUUCGAAUCUGACAGCUGUUCACUAUAGCCCGAGGUGUUUGCCAAUUUCCCGAAUGUGGAUGAUGAGUAUUUCGAUUGGGAUGAGAUCUUGGACCCGAGCAGCCCAGAACCGGUGCGUUAUUUUGUCGCUAAAUAUUUGCGUCUAGAUUGCCCGCCUUCUCUUGUUGCUUUCCUAACUUAACAUCGAUACUGUUGCGCGUUUAUUCGGCACUUAUUGUGGCAUUUUUCUUUUAGUGGGACGUGGGUAGAUCAGGCCGUGGAACCGUGCUUACCUGAUUAUUCCAGACCGUAGAGGCUCGAUAAAAGCGAAUGAACUGUCUCUGUAUUUCUAGUUGAAUCCAAUUCGAUUUUAGCUUUUG